AUGGACAUCCCUUGGCAGAUUGCGAUCCCAACAGUCAACGAGGCUGGCGCCCCCGUCGUCGUCGUGCGUGACAAGUCGAUGGACGAGAAAAAGUCGGGGCCGUACCAAAACACGGAAUUCUACAAGGAUGGCAACCACAUCCCGCUGCGCAACAAGCGACCCAAGUACGACGAGAAGGCGCGCGGCCACGUCCUCAACUUUAACGGCCGCGUCACCAUGUCGUCGGUCAAGAAUUUCCAGCUCCAAUGCGACGGACACGGCGACGACGACGACGUGACGCUGCAGUUUGGCCGCGUCUCGUGCCAGCCCCCCGGCCCGAACGACCAGUGUUCGUGCCACAAAAACGUCUUUACGCUCGACUUUAAGCACCCGCUCUCGGCCACCCAAGCCUUUGCGAUCUGCCUCGCGGCCAUGGACGGCAAACUCGCCGACUCCAAGUCGUUCGAGACGCUUAGCGACCUUGCCAAGCGAACGCUAUAG